AUGAAUUCGGAGUUGUAAAUGAAGAGGGAAUAGUUUAUGGUUCAAAUCAGAAAGCAGGCUCGCGAGGAGAUUUUCUCUAAGAAAAGACAGACGAGCAUCGGACAGGAUGGGGAAGUGGUGGAGAGGUGCAAUCCUGACGAGCUAAUCAAUUUCAUUUAUCAGACUUAUUUGGAGUAGGAUUUCAAACAUUUAGCUCGCUUGUUAAAACAAUACAAUUUGAAUUAUUUGAAAUUGUUGGAGGAGUAGAACAUAACUGAUUUGCCCGUUCUGAAUCAAUUUGUCACUCACUUUAGCAGCAAUGGCAACAGUUUAAAAUUAUUCUUCGAUAUAAUUCGAAUGAGUGGCAUUCCGUUAGAAAUCAAUCUGACCUCAGAUAGGUUGAUGUGCAUAAUCCAAGUGUUGGUAAUCUUGAUCAAUUUCACCUAUUUGGAACGGAAGGAUAUAGUGGAGAAUCUGUUGCAGAACGACUUGAUCACUCUCCUACUGAAGGAUUUGAUGAGUAGAAUGGUAUAAUCUGAUAAAGUCCAGAUUCACUUCGAUAGAUGGUGUGAGAUUCUCGAGAGUGUAAUCAAUCUUUACUAUGAAUUUAUCAGAUUUGCCUAAUUUUGAUAAACGUCUAAUUCGAAUUGGAUAAUCGGAAAGUAUUGACUUUUAGAGAGGAAAUACUCAGAUCUCAACUAUUUAGAGUUUGGUCUAAAAUAUAUCCCAAAAACCCCAUAGCGAAGGCAUGGAAAGCCAUUCUGCUGUUGGAGUGCAAAUUGCUGGAAUCCAACGAGAUUGAUCUCGCUGACAUUCCUCAUUACAAUGUAUGAUUUUUCACUCAUUAUGUAUAAGUUUAAUUGCAUCAUCUCGCAAUGCACCUACUUGAUAGACAAGGUGCAUAUGGAGGAUGAGAAUCUCUAUAAGAGAGUGUUGGAGAUCUUGUAGAAGUUGUCUGAAUUCAAAGUCGCCUCAGCUCUGACCUUGACCUUGACCAAGUUCGUUUGGGAGAAGAUCCUGAAAUUGAAUCUGUUCCCGAACAAGUUCUUUUCGAUCUUCGCCAAUUUCCUCGCAGAAAAGGAUAAUGAUCAUUACAUCCUUCAGUAUUUGAUCGACAUCGGUUUGAUUGAAUCCAUGAUCAACUCGUUAAUGAAUCUCGCAGAUGUCUCCUUAAUCGAAAUAAUCUACAGGUGCUUCAAUAACAUACUUUACUAUCCUCACGCCUUCAUUGCUGAAAAAGCAAUCUCAGUGUUUCUACCCUUCCUUCACAAUUACUUCAACCAAUCUUCAAUCCUCAAGUAGGAACUUUGCAUGGAAUACCUAUUCCUACUAUAAACCCUCGUUGUCCAUUAGUAAUUGUCAGACUACCACCUGAACGAGAUCUUCAUUAACCUCGAUUGCUUGAAAUACGUUAGCUAGAUGUAAUUGUUGUCGAAAUCAAUAUAGGUUGCUUUUGUGUACCUGCUUGACCAAAUAGAUCGCUGAGUUGUUCAUUACAUUCCCUAAGUUACCAGGGGAAUUUAAGUCGAUCAUCCUGGAGAAGGUGGAUGAUUAUGGCUUUGUGGAGAUUCUGAACAACCAAGCUACCAUGAGUAAGGACGAUGGAAGCAUCAACUUAAUAUUGAACCUGAUACAAUUAUGGGAACAGAGCGAGUAGGAAGUAGUUAUAACCUGAUGUUGCAGUUGAG